GAGAGACGCAGGAUGGAGAGAAACCGAGAGGAAAAUGAAGAUUUGAAAGGAAAGAUUAUACAGAUAUUAAGCCGGCGAGUGCGCGCCUGCGACGAAUGCUUCUCAAUCAGAACGGAGUUAGCAGCAGUCGUGGCUUCCAUCCCUCUGCUGUCGACGGGGAAGAGGAGGACGGAGGGAGAGGCAGAUCCAAAAACCAUCACAGAGGAUGACAGGAAGAACAAGAGUAGUAAGACGGGGAAUAGAGACAAAGGAGAAGAAAUUAAAGAUAGAGAAGAAGAAGAAGAAGAAGAAGAAGACGAAGAAGACGAAGAAGACGAAGCUGAGAUUCGAGAAUCCUUCGCUAAUCCAGGCAGCAUCAGUGGCGUUGAGGCUUCUCCCGAGUACAGAGCCUCGAGCGCCUUACUCUCCGUGGAAAACCUGAGAGAAAAACCUCUGCUUGACACGCAGAUUUGGGUAAACGCUGGCAAUAGAUAUCUCCUUCCUGUUAAUCUUCCCUCUGGCGUCACUCUUCGCUGGUGCUUCUCGGCCGAGCCUAAGAGUGUGUGCUUCGCCAUCCUGCAUCAACCGGAAGCCGAAGAAAAGUUCAAUGGAGCGAAAAACGACCAAGAGAGAGACCGAGAGAGAGACAGAGAGAGAGACAGAGAGCAAGACCGAGAGAGAGACAGAGAGAGAGGCCAAGAAAGAAACCAGGAGAGACACCAAUUGAGAGACCAAGAAAACGACCAACCACCCGCCUCGUCCUCCACCUUUCCCUCGAUCGCCCCCUCUUCAUCCACUUUACCUCCAUCCUCCUCCACCUCCUCUACCUCCACCUCCUCCACCUCCCUCCACCGCGUCCUCAUCCCCACUACCCGUGUGGCCUCAGCACAAGGAACAGCCAUGAAGGGGAAACUCAGCACCAAACAACCAGGAGUCUACACUUUCCUCUUCGAUAAUUCUUAUGCCAGAUACACGGCGAGGAGGGUCUUCUUUUCACUCGAAAUUGAAGCGAGGGAAGAAACAGAAGGAGAUGGACAGGAAAUUCCGGACGAGUGAAGAGGAGAAGAAGAAAAAGAAGGAGAGAGACAGAGAGAGAGAGAGAGAGAGAGAGAGAGAGAGAGAUAGAUAGAGAGAGA